AUGUCUCAAUCUAGCAUUCGUUCUUUCUUUACUGUAACUCCCAAAAAGCCAGUAGAAGUCAAAACAGAAGAACAAAGAAAUAAGUCUUUUGAUAGUGAUGAAGUCUCUCCACCAAGUAAUGGAAAAGAUAAGAUAUCAAAGAGAUCAAGAUCUACAAGUACUGAAGAGGAGAUUAAUAGUAAUUGUGCAUCACCAGAGUUAUCUGAAAAGAAAAAACCUAAGCGCAGGCGCAUUGUUAGUUCUGAAAGUGAGUCAGAUUCAAAAUCAGACCAGGAAAUAAAAUUAGAUAAAACCAGGCAGCCUAAAACUUAUGACUCUCCCAAGUCAAAGAAAAUUAACAAAAUCAAAACUGAAAAGUUAAGUCCAGUAAGUAAAAAAUCCAAAGAAAAAUCAGAAAGUCCUACUGCUAAUAAAGACAGCCCUAAAGUCAAGAAAGAGACUGUUAAGUCACCAAGAAAUAAAAAAGAAGAAGUAAAAUCGCCUCCAGAUAAAAAGAAGAUAGCAUCACUCUUUGGGAAGAAGACUGACCUCAAAGUGGAAGAUAAAGAAAAUAGUAAAGUUGAAAAAGAUAAAACUGCAGAGGUGGAUUACAACCCAGCAAAGCCAAAAUACCAUCCCAUUAAGGACGCAUGUUGGAACAAAGGGCAAGAGGUCCCAUACUUAGCAUUAGCCAAGACGUUGGAGAAUAUUGAAGGCACAUCGGCUAGACUGAAAAUGAUAGAUAUUCUGAGCAAUUACUUACGGUCUGUGAUGCUGCUCACACCUGAGGAUCUGCUGCCCAGCAUCUAUUUGUGCCUGAAUCAGUUGGCACCCGCAUAUCACAGUUUGGAACUUGGUAUGGCUGAGACGUAUAUAAUGAAAGCAAUAGGCCAAUGCACUGGUCGGACGCUAGCCCAAGUAAAAAGUGCAGCACGCACUACCGGAGACCUGGGGCUUGUGGCGGAACAGGCGAGAGCCACACAACGCACGAUGUUCCCUCCACCGCCCUUAACGUUGAGGAAGGUCUUCGCUGCCCUGAAAGAAGUCGCACAAGCCACCGGCCAGGCGUCAGUAAACAAAAAGAUAGGCAAAAUACAAUCGCUGUACGUCGCCUGCCGACACUCCGAAGCACGCUAUUUAAUAAGAUCUCUGGAAGGUAAGUUACGUAUAGGUCUAGCUGAGCAAUCAGUCCUUCAGGCACUCGCUUGCGCAUGCGCUGCGUCGCCUACAGCUGGUCCUCUCGCUGGUACUGUAGACGUCAGUGCGGAUAUGAGUCAGGAGAAAUUUAAGGCGCGCGUAGAUGAAUUCUCACUAAUAAUAAAAACGACAUACUGCGAGUGCCCCAACUACGAUUCAAUAGUAGAUAUAUUACUCAAAUAUGGGGUGGAGGCUUUGCCCCAACACUGCAAGUUGACCCCAGGAGUCCCACUCAAACCUAUGCUGGCGCACCCUUCGAGAGGAGUAGCUGAUCUUUUUACUAGAUUUGAUGGUGAACGAUUCACAUGCGAGUGGAAGUAUGAUGGCGAACGAGCGCAAAUUCAUGUGCCCGGUACCGACUCACCUGAUCUCACUAAGGCGUCCAUCUUUAGUAGGAAUCAGGAGAACAAUACAAGUAAAUACCCGGAUGUCCUGAGUCGUUUGCCCAAACUGCUGAAGGGAUCAGUGCAAAGCUGUGUAUUGGACUGUGAGGCUGUCGCAUAUGACACCGCAAAUAAACAGAUUUUACCCUUCCAGAUCCUGUCAACUCGUAAACGAAAAGAUGCGCAGGCGUCAGAAAUCAAAGUGCAAGUGUGUGUGUUCGUCUUUGACUUGCUUUAUCUGAACGGAUCGCCUCUUGUUCGGGAAUCUUUGGAGAGACGACGGGCUCUUUUGAGGGAAAACUUCAAUGAAAUUGAAGGUGAAUGGGAAUUCGCCCGCGGUCGAGAUUGCAGUAGCCCCGAGGAAGUGGAAGGUGAGCUGGCGGAAGCCUUGCGAGGAAGCUGCGAGGGUCUCAUGGUGAAGGCGUUGGAUGGGGACAAGGCGAGAUAUGAUAUCGCUCGUCGUUCGCAUAAUUGGCUUAAACUUAAAAAAGACUACCUAGAAGGUUGUGGAGACAGCAUAGAUGCAGUGGUGGUAGGUGGAUACCACGGGAAGGGCAAACGAGCAGGACAUUACGGCGGAUUCCUGCUCGCCUGCUACGACCCCGAAAUGGAUGCUUAUCAGACCCUCUGCAAGAUCGGGACCGGAUUUUCUGAUGAAGACCUUCGGACAUUUAGUGAGACAUUACAGACGCAUGUUAUUGAUGCCCCCAAAAGUUAUUAUAGUUAUGAAAACAGUAUGAACCCGGAUGUAUGGUUUGAGGCGGCGUGUGUAUGGGAAGUGCGUUGCGCUGACUUGUCUCUGUCACCUGCGCACAGAGCAGCUCUCGGCUUAGUGGACCGGGAUAAGGGCAUCUCACUUAGGUUUCCCAGGUUCAUCCGUUGUCGUGACGAUAAACGGCCCGAGCAAGCGACGAGUGCACGGCAGGUGGCUGAUAUGUACCUGGCCCAGGAUCAAGUCAAAAACACAGCCGGAAAUAAAACUGCUCAAGAAGACGACUUUUACUAA